AUGCCAGCCUCAUUAAAAAUACCCGUAUUACCUUCUGUCAAGGCGUUUAGGGAAUGGAGGCAGUCACUAGACAACCGAUCCAUAGGGUUUGUGCCAACGAUGGGGGCUCUACACGAUGGGCAUAUGAAACUAGUGGACAGGUCUCUUUCUGAAAACAGCUUAACGGUUGUCUCGAUAUUUGUCAAUCCUGCACAAUUUGCACCCCACGAGGACCUUUCGAGCUAUCCCCGUACAUUUGAUGGUGAUAUGAGAAGGAUUCACGAAGCCGUUGGACGAGACUCGAUCGAUUCAAGCGAAACUCCCAAAUGUGCCGUAUUUUUGCCCACUGUCGAGGACAUGUACCCUUCCGGUAUUGUCCAAAACAUAGAAGAUCAGAAAGGAACAUUUGUGCAAGUAAAGGGGUAUGAAGAACAAAUGGAAGGAAAAAGUAGACCCAAAUUUUUCAGGGGCGUUGCAACUAUUGUUACGAAACUCUUUAAUGUGGUGCAGCCAACUCGAGCAUACUUUGGGCAAAAGGAUAUUCAACAAGGUCUUCUCUUACGUCGCAUGGUCCGAGACCUUCUUAUCUCCCACCCCCUCCCUGAGAACCUCAUUAUUGUCCCAACUCAACGGGAAAAAGAGGACUUCCUUGCAUUAUCCUCCCGCAAUGCCUAUCUCACAUCCAUCGAACGUCCCUUUGCCCCCACACUAUACCAAGCUCUUACCGCUGGAAGACAAGUGUGGGAGGAAAUAUCGGGUUCGGGGUCACGGGAGGGGGUUGUCGCCGCGGCGCGAGGAGUAAUCAAGAGGAGACAGGAGGAGGCGAUUCAAGCCGGUGUAGAGAUGAGGUUUGACUAUGUUGAGGUGAAUGACCCCGACACGUUCGACGUUGUGAAUUGGCGCAGAAAAGAGAGGCCCGAAGGUCAACCUGUCAUCAUCAGUGGUGCUCUUUGGAUCGGAAGAACGAGGCUAAUAGAUAAUCUUCUUAGUGGAGAUACAAAGGAGAUUUUCAAUCAGUUGUAGGAACAUGAUCUCACCGCCACAUGAUUGUCUGUACAUUGGCGCGCAAUGCAAGGCGUUGGGGGUGGGUGGCGUCGGUCAGUUCAUGCUGAUGACGAUAC